UGCGAACCCGAUCCGCUAGAGACCGGUCGCAGUUCCGUCGCAGCAGCACUGCACAGCUGUCGGUCACACGCAGCGCGACCCCAUCCCUCUCCCCCCUUCUCUCUCUCUCGCAUCCGGGAGCGCCGCCGUUGAAGUAGUAGGGCGAGGGAGAAGGGAGGGAGGGCGGCGGCGGCGGCGGGGGCGAGAUUUCCUGGAGCAGGCGCGCCCUCAGGUGCAGUACAACUUGCAAUGGCUGCUCACCCGCCUGCUCCGGCUGCUCUGCCUACCAUGCCGAUGAUUGAUUGGAGGCCACUGCAUGCGGCAGCCAGGCCGUCUGUCUUUAUCAUUGUCCUCACGCCACGUCUAAAGAAGACCCUGAGACGUGUCGCUGACACAUACGGCAUCAAGGAAGAGAAAGAGCUUGAUGAAAUUUUUAAAGCAGAUUACCUCACGGAAACCGGCAUUGCCGUGAGGACAGUGGGCGACUUUCUCUUCAUCACAACAACUGCGCACAUUGUAGACUUCCUUUUUCAGGCACAGUGGGGGCCCAUUUCAGCAGCUCAGUUCAAUGAUUAUUUUGAGAUUGCGGUCACCUGCUCCCAUGCGGAAAGUCGCUUCAUUCAGGGCGGGUUUGUCGGAGAGCGAACCUACACACGAGCAACGGUUUGUGCCAUCGAUUGUGCCAAAGACUUGAUGAUGGUACGCGUGGAUCUUAGGGAUCUGGCCGUGAGGACUAGCGGGGAGCUGCAGCAGAGGAUUCGCUGCACAUCAGAUCAUCCGGCUGUUCAGUUCAGCAUGGCCACCAACGCGGGUACCCAAUGCAUGCUCUACUCUUGGCCGGCGUAUCGUCCGUGCACUAUGGCCACGGGACUUCAAGGCCUUCAUCGAGGACCGUUGGAUUUGAUGAGCACCAACAAGAAUGGCUAUGACUUGCAGCUUAUUGAAGCAUCGGUGGGAACCGAGGCCGGGUCAUCUGGCGCUCCACUUUACAAUACCAAUCAGCAGGUGCUAGGCAUACUGCACGGCGGGUCUGGGGUUCACUCACAAUUUAUCCCGGCACGCUACAUCUGGACCUUCAUUAACAACAAUUGUCUCCUUCCGAAGCCUCGAGGUCCGCAGGAUCAGGGUAAGCCCUCCCAGAGGCCGGGCCCCCCUCCUAGAGAUCGAGACAAGCGCUGAAACAUACCCAUUGGAUGCAAAAGAGAACACUAGUAGUACUACUACGUAUUAUAUUCCCACUAAGAUGGAGCAAGUAAACUGGGCGCUAGUCCCAUUCAUUUUGUCCAAACUGCUGGGUUUAUUAAGUGCCAGGCUGCCUCCUGGUUUCGUUUC